AUGUCUAAAGAAUGCUUUACUUUUUUACUUGAAAAAGUAAAACCAGACCUAACCAAAAAAAUUACAAGAUUUCAAAAGCCUAUAUCUCCCAUCGAACGAUUAGCAGUCUGCAUCAGGUUCCUGGCUACUGGGGAUUCGUUUAAAACUAUUUCGUACAGUUUUCGAUUGGGGCAUUCAACUGUGACCGAAAUUGUACAUAGCACAUGUCGAUCUAUCGUUAAAAGAUUUAAGAAAGACGUUAUACCAGAACCAACAGAAGAAAUGUGGCGUAAAAUUGCCGAAGAUUUUGAAAAGCUUAGAGGUUUUCCAAAUUGUAUAGGCGCAUUGGAUGGAAAACAUUUUGUUAUUGAAGCCCCAGCCAAUAGUGGUUCUAUAUAUUUUAAUUAUAAACACACAUUCUCAAUUGUUUUAUUGGCGUUAGUGGACGCAUGCUACAAAUUUAUUGCAGUUGAUGUUGGCGCUUACGGACGAAACAGUGAUGGUGGCAUUUUUGCACAAUGUAAUCUUGGAAAACGUUUAGAAAAUGGGACGCUUCAUGUACCUAUUGGUAAAAAUUUACCCGGUUCCUCUACGUUUGCACCAUAUGUAAUAGUUGGUGAUGAAGCGUUUCCUUUGAAAACAUACCUAAUGCGACCGUAUCCAGGACACCAAGCAACAGGUGACGCUAAUAAAACGAAUUUCAAUCAUAGACUGUCUUUGGCCCGGCGACUAGUCGAAAAUGCCUUUUGUAUUUUGACACAAAGAUUUAGAAUAUUUCAAAGAAGAAUGAAACUUGCUCCAGAAAAUGUUGAUUACAUUAUUCUAUCUACAUGCGUACUGCAUAAUUUUUUUAUGCGAACAAAAAGAUUACACAGGGCUUAUCAAUCAUAG